CACAGUCAGGAUGAUGAAAAUGAUUGUGGUGGUAUUGCUGAUGCUGGCUGGACGUCGGUCGCUGGCCUUUGAGGAGAUUGCAGAGGAGCGGCUGUUCCCUCCGUUGCACCCCAAUUGUACGCAGAGCCUGACGGACCUUCUUCUGUUGAGGCAAGAGGCUCAGCUGAACAGAAUGGCCGCGGCGCAGGAGGCCACCACGGAGCUUCUGAAGGCGACUCUCGAGGCGUUAGUGCAAGCUCGCGACUCGCUGACGGCAGGAGAACACACACCUGCGACCGUCAAGUGCGUGUCUCCGUUUACUCAAGUAGGAGGCAGCUGUCUCCUGUUGGCGCUUCAUGAGUUGCACACCUGGGCUUCGGCAAGGCAGUACUGUGCCGAAUACGGGGCCGACCUGGCUCAUUUCUCGGAUGUGAAUGCUUAUGUGGCCAUCCUCGAUUACGUUAACACCAUUAACCAGCAGAGAAAAAGUGUGAGUGUCUGGGUCGGCGGCACUGACGAGGCCGUUGAAGACACGUGGGUUUGGAUCACAGGAGAGCUGAUGCCUCGGGGGCCGCCCUUCUGGGGAACGAAAGAUGGGUACAGGCCGCAGCCCAGUGACGGUCGAAGCCAAAACUGUGCAAUUCUCUGGCAGCCCGAUCAGUAUUACACACACGAUGUCUCCUGUACCUACAAGGCUGUUCCUCUCUGCCAGAUAUGAGUCCGAUGACUUUGAUAAGAUACUUUAGAUAAUGUAAGCGAUAUGGUGGGUUUUCAUGGUCAUUGUUGUUGUCUUGUGUUGGUAUUAUUACUCUUAUUGUUAUCGUUAUUGUAAUCACCAUGUUGAUUAAAUAAGAUAUGAAAUCUGAAAAUAAUCUCGAACAACAAUAUAUAUAUAUAUAUAUAUA